AUGGCCGUCAGCGGUAAACCGAUUGCCGGAAUUGCAUGGCGCGCGUGUGUUUGUGUGUGUGAGCCGCUGUUUUUCAGUGAAGAAUUCCCAGUGAAAAUAAUGGCAAAAGUGCAUUUAUUUCGUGCAAUUCACAAAUUCAACGCCCCAGGACUCCUCAGCACAAUCCCCAGCAUUGCAGGAACACAAAUCCCAAAGAGAUGGGGCUCAGAAGUCACAGUGCGGGCCUUCCCGUCCCUCCGAAAGGAGACAACAAGUCGGGCCAUGAAGGCUUAUGUUGAGAGGGCAAGAGAGCAUGAGGAAUUCAUGAGAAAUCAGAAAUUUGAGUAUGAGAUAGGGAAGCGUCACUUGGCAAACAUGAUGGGAGAGGAUCCGGAGACUUUUACCCAGGAAGAUGUUGAUAAUGCCAUUGAGUACCUCUUCCCAUCGGGACUGUACUCAAAGAGAGCCCGGCCCUUGAUGAAGCCUCCGGAGGAGGUUUUCCCAGCCCGGAAGGCUGCAGAAUUCGAUGAGACUGGACGUCCUCAUCACAGUAUGUUCUACACGGGCAGGCCGAAUUUCUUUCAGGUCCUCCAUGACAUUGCUGAGAAUAUCAAUCAGUUGAAUACGUACGAGGAUCAAAUGAUCCGGAAGCGCGUUGAAGUUGAUCCAAAUCUCAGAUUGGAUAUUUCCUCUUCAAUGUGGCUUCCCAAGGAGGAAUUUGAGGAUGUUUUGGUGGAGAAAAUUCUAGAUAUUGAGUAUACAAAUUUCAUAAAUGCCAUGAAUCGCCUGGUAGAUCUUCCCUAUUCCUAUCGCGUUCGGGAUUUCAUUGAGAAGUACCGGAAACCUCUGUCCGUUAAGGCAAGUUCUGAGGACAUCCCACAGCCUCAGUUAGACUCAAAUGGACGACAAUUUGUGACCAUUUCCAAUUGCCCACGGAAGUCAGCACGUGCUGAGGUGACGGUGAGAAAGCCAGGUGCGGGAGUUAUAAAUAUCAAUGGCAGCGACAUCAAAUACUUCAGCAGUGAUCAAUGUCGUGAACAGGUGAUUUUCCCGCUGAUCUUCACGGAUAUGCUGGGAAAGGUUGAUGUUGAGGCUACGGUGACUGGAGGUGGACCAGCAGGUCAGGCGGGUGCCAUCCGAUUGGGCAUUUCAUUGGGACUGCGGAGCUUCCUGAGCCCUGAGAUCGUGGAAGAAAUGCGACUCGCUGGACUCCUACAGACAGACUACAGGCGGCGCGAACGCAAGAAACCAGGUCAGGAGGGAGCCAGACGCAAGUACACUUGGAAGAAGCGAUAAAGUGGACGAGAUUUUCAAUGGAUAGAGGAAUUCUAAAGAAUAGUUUUUUUUUGUUUUUGAGAAAUAAAUUGAGCUUUUAUUCA